AUGAUCAUUCGAGCCGAGAUCGCCAAUUACGAUGUAGGUCGGGUACUGAUCGACACCGGAAGUUCGGUAAAUGUGAUUUUUGCCGAUGCCUUUAGAGGAUUGGGAAUUGCUGACAGCAUGGUCAAUCGGCAGAUAACGCCUCUACUCAGUUUUUCUGGGGAUCUAGUCCAGCCAGUCGGCAGUAUCAGUCUGCCCAUCGCCUUCGGCGUUGCCUCUAGAGUAACGAUGACCUACGACCAAUUCCUCAUCGUCGACUGCCCAACAGCAUACAACGUCAUCGUAGGACGGACAACACUCACUAGAGUCAAAGCCCACUUGUCCCUCCACAUGUUGCUGAUGAAAUUCCCUACUCGCAAUGGUACUGGCAUUAUCCGAGGAGACCAGCUCAGCCCACGGACGUGCUAUGCGACUGCUCUGAAAUCGGUAGCUUGCAAGCCUUCAAUAGAGGCCAUGUCUGUGCAGGGACUACCGAACGGUAGUGGGCCUAUAGACGACCCAAGAGAGGAAACGCCAACGCCAAUAGCGCAGCCUGCCGAAGAACUCGAAAUGGUAAUCCUGAAUGAGCAGUAUCCCGAUCGAUGUGUAAAGAUCGGCACCACCCUAGAUCCCAACCUACGAACGCAAUUCAUUGAAUUCUUGCGGCAACAGGCGGAGGUCUUCGCCUGGUCUUACGAUGAUAUCACCUGA